GACUCUAAUACACGAAGCAUAAGCGAAAAAAUAUUCUGAGACAAAUAUCCUUCACCCACCUGCUGUUGUUCCCAGUAUAUUCAACAUCGCUGGUUAACAACCGACAGCUGUUAUCAUCGUAUUACUGAAGUAUAAAAGCCAAAGCGUCAUCGUACGAUUUUUGAAUCAAAUAAUCAGUUAAAACAAUAUUUUACGAUCGUAAACCUUGGGAAAUGAAAUUGUGUAUACUCUUAGUACUUUUUUAUGGUUACAUUUGUCAUGCGAGCGACAUUUGGUAUCAAACGGAAAUGUCUAUACAUCUUGUGCCACCAUUUCAGAAUGUAUACACAACACUACAACAAAAUAUACUUGAUAAAUUAUUAACUAUUGAUUCAAACACAUUAAAAAUAAAUGAUGGUGCAUUCGCAUCUUUUGCAUCGAAUCUUCAUUGCGAAAUAGAAAAGCUACUUAAAUAUCUUGAUCUUUCUGUAACUGCCAGUAACAAUAUCCGAACUAAAGUCGACCAAAAACUAAGUACUAUUGUCAAGGAUAUUUCAGCCAAGGAAAGUGAAAUAGCCCGUGCUGAUGGUCAAAUUCGAGAUAUGAAUGCAAGAAUUCAAGCAAAACGGUCUCAAAUAAGUACAGCUGAGCAAUCUGUGAGACAAGCCGAAGGUUUAGUGGCAAAUGCUCAAAAUGAGUUAAGUCAUGCUGAAAGAGAAGUUGAAGCUGCUCAAUUAUGUUCCGGAUUAUUUGGAAGACGAAAACGAUUUCUAGGUAACCUAUGGAAUUCAAUUCAAACCUCAGUUUUAAAACCAAUAGAAUCGGCAGUUAAUCAAGCAGGUAACGCAAUAGGAUCAGUAGUUAAUCAAGCAGGUAGCGCAAUAGAAUCAGCAGUUAAUACAGCAGCUGGCGCAAUAGUUGAUAAUGUAGUCAAACCUGUUUGUAGUGUUGUUAACUUUCAACAAGUCGAUAAUGCAAGAAGGAAUGUUGAAAAUAAAAAAAAUGAACUAUCUUCCCGUAGAAAUCAAGUUCAGACAUUUAAGAAUGAUUUAAAUUCAAUUCAAAACGAUUUAAUCAUAUAUAAUGCACAAUUACUUAAUUUAAAUUCCCAAUUAAAUUACUUAAAAAAUUCAUUAAGUGCACUACCAAAUGAACAACAUAUAAUAUUAUCAAUCAAUCAAAAAUUAAAAGAUGUUGUUGCUCGUAUACGGGCAUUGUUCGGUAGUUCAACAUCACUCCUAGAUGUAGCAACAACAGUGAUUGAUUUUGAAUCAGUUGUGAAACCAUUAAACGCUAUUUAUGAUGAAUUACAACAAAAUCAAUUUAUCGUAUCAUUCAAUGCUGGCAAAAUAUCAAUGGAGCAAGUAAAUCAAGCCAAAACAAAUUUGCAAGCAUUGAUUCCCUCAAUAGCCAAUACGCCAUUCAAUAUGGAAAUCACACGUUGUCCAAAUUAA